AUGUCCGACAUUUUCAAUCGUUUGGAUAUCUCUGGGAUGGACCGGAGAGUGCAGAGCGACGAUAAUAUUAGUUUGGGUUACACACCUAAAAAUAUGGCAGGAACGGAAACUGGAAGCAAGAGAGACCCACACCCACUUGCAAAAAGCUCAGAGACCCUGGUUGUUGACGAUGACAACACAGUUGCGUUGUCCUUAACAGCGAACGAUCUCUCCAUUCAAGAAGCUAAAACGUACCUCAGGUGGUACAACAAUAUACUAUCCCGAAAGCAUGGCGAGAGAACCAUAACUUUGGAAGAUGUGUUUAAAUUUCUUUCCAACUUUCGCAUCUCCGAAGCCAUUAAAAGCAAACUGAGAGAGCUCUUUGGCAAAAUAGCAUACUCUCUCAAUAUCGGCCAAUUCUAUGCACUGCUGAGAUUGUUGGCUCACACAUUAGAAGGCAAACCUCUUAAAAGAUCACUAAUAAAGGAACAGGCGUCCAUUCCCAAGCCCAUUUCAAUCAUGGCUCGUAAAAGAGCGAAAGAUCCAAACGAAAGCAUCGACAACUCCGAAACAAGCUCGAUAGACGAACAGCUGACAGACGUCAGUUCCCAGCCGCCCCAGAAAUUGGACUUGGACUCGUUUACACAAUUUAUUCUUACAGGAGAACGCCCUUCAGAAUCACCGAAGAAGAAAAGCCGGUCGGGCAAGAAGGUCAAGUUCUCGGAUCAGGUGAUCAUAGAGCCUCCACCUUCUGACGACAUGUCUGUAUCCUCUACAGAUACGCCCCCCGAGACACCUGGCCUUGAUCUCUCCUUGCCGAUGGACCAGUUGCUUGCUCGGAUGAAGAAUCAAGCUUCUCCUCUGAAUAUGCAGCAAUUACAACAACAGAACACCGAGGACGAGGAGGAAGAAUUGAAAGACAUGCAAGAGUCCAUCAAUCAUUUCCAGAAUGUGACUAUUGAUAGUGUGUCCAUUCAUGGUACGCCAUCCAGUGUUCCUACUUUACAGGUCAAUGGUGGAUCUCCUGAUACCGGGACACCCCCAUUGCAACCACUUGCUCCAAAUUUAACGGGAAGUGUGUCCAAAUCAAUGAGAAAUCACUACAAUCUGCCACCUCCAAGAGAACGAGGAAAUUCAUCUCCAUUACCGUUUAGCUCACAACCCAGGGUCUCGUCUCCGCUUACGCGCAAUGGAACUACAUCCGCAGACAGCGCCGCAUCGUUUUUGGAAGCUGCACUUUCGCCAGGAGUCGGCAGCCCUGGGCCAGACCAUUCACGUGCGACGCCUCCUCCACCACCUCCUUCAAGAAACAGAGGCGCCUCGUUGCUCAGGCCUCCUCCACCUCCUCCGAGAUCGCGCAAAAAUUCAUCUCCACCACCAGUACUUGCUCCUGAAGGUCCUACACAAGAACAGCCAUCUCUGCCGCCCAAGCCUUUUUUGACUGAUAUGCAGCGUCAGCACCACGUGAGUGCCGAAAAUAUGACGCCAAACUUCACUGGAGGGUUUGGCCAAGGGUCUGAUCUUCUAAACAGUCUAAAGAGUCUGCAGGCGGAGGUUGAUCGGAUCAAGGCGAACGAGUACUAG